AUGGGACUACAAGAAGGAUCAGAUAGAUUCAAGAAACAGCAAGAGAAGUGCCAGGCCACCCGUAUCGGCAUUGCCGUCACAUUUUCAGAUGAUACAGAGAGACUCCAACACUUAAAUAGCAUACGGAAUGCUCCUGAUGGAGCUGCACAGUUCAAGCGUUUUAUAGACCUGCUACCGAAGACUAGGCAGGCGUUCACGCCGGAGGGAAUAUAUGAAAAUUGUUCUGUUGAUGUUAACCAUAAGGACACUGUGUUUAAAAAAGUUUACUAUGAUGGGAAAUGCUUCUCUUAUAAGUCCAAGCAUGCUGUGAAGGACAGAAGUCAAUUUCUGUCCUUAGUACAAAAAUUCGCAGAUGGCAUACCUGUGUCUGUGAUUGAUCUCAAGGAUGCGUACCCUAGUGUAAUGGAUGACUUGCAGGCUCUAAAAGAUGCUGGUGACAUCUGGCUUCUUUCAAGCUUGAAUGCGCAAGAGGCUAUAGCAUAUCCGAAUGACCCUAAGUUGCCCCGCAUCACGGUUGAUGAUGACCUUAAAAAGUGCUUCAGGAAGUUACAAUCGCGCAAUCUGGUUGAAAUUGAGAAGUAUCUCGAGAAGAAUGGGAUGAAGCCUGCUAUGAUCCAGAGUCUAGUUGGGUCUUCUCACUGCAAGGACAAGAAAAAGAAGAAGAAGCCUGAGAUCAGCAAGAGGACCAAACUAACAAAUGCCCAUCUUCCUGAGCUUUUUGGGAACUAA